UUUGUGUCUCCAUUUUUUAUUCCUUUCAUUCCCUCCGUUUCAUCUACGGCGUUAAUACGGCUCGUUUGUGUCUAUUGUUUCUUUGUUGCUGGUCAACAACUUAAAAACAGUCUUUCAUUCACAACUCAAACACAUUCCCCCGUUUAGUCCAGCAAAAUUAUUUCGACAAGAUGUUUCUCAUCGACUUGGCAAAGAUGUACUUCAAGCCUUCCGGCUUGUUGCGUUUCGCACCCUACCUUUUGAUCCUCCCGAUCGUUGUCUUUCACGCUCUAUCCCUGUCGGGAUGCGUGUCGACCUCCCCCGCGAUCCCCAAUAUUUACAUUGUCGACCUGCACGCCAACACCAACGCAACCGACGACUUCCUGAAAGUCCGCAUCGGUUACUUCGGCAUCUGCGGCAUCGACGAAGAUGGCACCCGCUGCCAGUCCGCCAGCGGCCGUUCCGUCGAGACCCUCGCCACCAACCUCUUCCCCGAGCUCCAGGGGGGCAACACGACCUCCAACAACAGCAGCAGCAGCCGGUCCGAGAUCACCGACAUGAUCUCCACGGCGCUCGACCUGCAGUCCACCACCCUCAUGUCGGUCCUCGCCGCAGCGGCGGUGCACUUCGUGCUCGGCGUGGUCGCGCUCGUGCUGCUCAAGCGGGACGUGAGCAGCCCGUCGAGCUGGGAGCACCCGCGGCGCAGCACCAUCAUCCGGCGCGCCACCUACGGCAUGCUGCUCGGCUCCACGGGCCUCGUCUUCGCCUCCGCCCUCGCCACCAGCCAGGUGGGCGACGGGCUCGAGCUCGCCUCCGAGGCCAUGAGCCACGCGUCCGUGCUGAUUAAGAGUGGUACCACCCUGCAGGUGCUGCAGUGGCUCACGUUUGGGUUCCAGGCGCUGUUCGCGCUCGCCGUGCCGUUCUUGGUGCGGUACAAGGCGCCGGCGGGGGAGGAGGAGUAUAAGGGGGAUGUUUGA